AUGCUUACCACGAGGACGACGACGAUCAGUGCAACAGUGACCAGUGUGGUCCUAGCGAUGAGCAUGACUUUUCCGUCCCUAACGACUGAACUACCAUCAAAUAUCUAUCUGACGUCUGGUGGUGAGCGGCGACCAGUACUAAAGAGGUGGUGUCCACUGGCUGAGGCAAACGAGAAUGCGGGAGUGUGGCAAACAAACCUCGACCUCGACGGCAGCGACGACGACUACGGUGGUGGCGACGUGCUCGGAGACGACUGA